AUGAUGCGUUACCAGCCAGAUGCAGAUCGAGCAGUGGUGAAGGGAAGACAGGUGAAUGCCAAGGAGAGCAACAAGUCCUCUAGGUCGAGUUUUGUAAGAAGAAAUAGAGCGUGCCUAAAGCAGGUUUACAGUGCUGCCGACUGUAUCUGGGUCGAGGGCGGAUAUAGAAUUCGCUCGGAAGGUGUAUUAGUCCAGCUUAACAGAUUCUGGAGAGUAGGGCGACAGACUGUUGGACCAACUUUUAAUCGACUGGGCGAUGACGGGAGCGGUGACUCCGGGACUAUAGCCAAUAUUGACAGAAUGCACCUCCGGCAUACGGCCCAAGAUGCCGUUUCCUGGUUACAAGAUGGUGAUGGUUAUCGAGAGCGUUUGCGGCACAAGCGUAUGGGUAUGAGAAUACCAGAUGGUGGAAGUGGUAAUGUCAUAUUCCUGGCCGCGGAGGUGCACAAGCAAAGUUUAGGCCACUGCCAGUUAGCGAACCUCUUCACAGACAUCAAGCAGCGGAAGACAACGAGAUCAGUUUCAUCUCUAAGUACCAUCUACCACCAGCCCAAGAUGCCACCAAAGACCAUCAGAGGAGGCAAAAUCGUCGCCCAGCAGCCACAACGAGGCAACAUUGUAAAAGAGACGUACAACGCCAUCACAGACCCCGAGAACCGAAGCGUAGUAACUGCUCUGGCAUUUUUCGUGGUAUGCGACCCAUCAACAGCUGGGAAGCAAUACAGCUGGAGCGAAAUUCUGCUUCCGCCAUUUGAGGCUGACUUUGCGACAGGAUCUAAGUACUUAGCCCCAGCAUCUCGCGAUUACGACUAUGAGUGUACACCAAGAGAGGGAAGAUGGACGUGUAUGAUACGAGGAUGUUGCAUUCCUGGUGUGAAUGGCGCAGAAAAGGUUUCGAGUAGGGAAACGCAUUGCCAUGAUGGGCGGAACCGAGAGAGCAAGGCGGAACGAGUAUUGCUUGAACGAUCCUUUUCACCUGUUGAGGCUAAACGCCCCUUUGAAAAUACUACGAGUGAGACCUUGAACCACGACCCCAGAUGCCCAUGGUUGGUGCAUUCGUGGGCUCUGUCGCGACGACUUGAAGGAACAUGGGUCGAAGUAGCCAAACACUUCUAUGAACGUUACAUUACACUGAUAUACACAUGAUGUGCUGUCGCGCGCCAUACACCCACACUCAUGCUCCAGCCACGCUCUCCGGCACAGCGAAAUCCUCCUGCUGCAACUUCGCGUCGGCACUCGUAGAGGCAUACACCCUCUUAUCUCCAUAGAACUUGUACGUGUUGUGCUCCUCGAGGUUCUUCACAGUAUACCGCACCUUCAGCAGGUUGGUGGCUUUGUCGAUGUACGCCGCCACCUCUUGCGUCUCGCUGGGAGCUCCGUCACAUUUCUUGUAGUCCUGGUUCUCAUCCAGGCCGCCUGAGCAUGUUACCGGGGUUUGGAGUUCGGGGUGGUUCUUGUAUUCUCCUUCAACGGUCACGUUGAAGGACCAGUGGCAGCCUGCCGAGCAGCCGUAGACGAACUUUGUGACGUCGUAUUGGGAAUUGACUGGUGGUGCGACGUCUUCGAAUGGGGAGGCUGAGGCAAGGGUUGAGGCCGCGACGGCGAGGAUGGUGGCUGUGCGCAUCUUGAAGUAUAUGUUGUGAUAGUGCACUGCUUCUUCGGCUGUCGCAAAAUGGUUUCUGUGGUGUGCGAAUCGUCUGCGAAUGCCUGGUGUUAAUGGUGAACUCUGCCUAUCUUCUGUAAGCUGACUCCUUAUGUGCGGCUCUGAUACGGGGUGCAAUCUCCCGGCCUGCACAUUUUGGACGC